AUGUUCUCUUUGAAUAUGGGCCACUUUAUCGUUGGCCUCACCGCCUUGUUUUUCAUCCUCGCGGGUUAUGCGGUGCUCGUGAGUGCAUUCGUUCCAUCAACAGGGAUCUACCUGCUUGACUUCCUGGCACAGGACACGCACUACAAAUACUUUGCUCUGUUUCUUAUACCAACCAGUUCAUACUUUGUUAUCGCGAACUGGGUGGGUUGGCAGUACUACCAGAACUCGUGA